UAACAUUUUAAUUUCUUCAGGUGUCCCUGAUUUUCCUUUCAACCAUCAAGGAAAUUUCAUAAGAGUACAAAAAUGGAAGGACAGGCUUCAGUAAAAGAAUUACUGCGAGUUAAGGAAGCGCCACCAGACAUGUGUGAUAAUAAAACUCAAGAAACCUCCAUUAACAGCACUAUGGGUUUCAAUUUUCUCAGUUUGAGCCUGAAUAUCUCAGAAAAAAUCCACCCGAAUCAAGAGCAGCCGUUUACUCAAGCAGGUUUGCUGAGAAUUAAGCUAGAGGAAGCAAAGAAAGAAAAUCAGAAUUUAAGAGCUAUGCUAAACCAGAUUACUGAACACUACACUUCUCUUCAGAAUCACCUUCUUUAA